UUACUGUGCACCACUGCAUGUAGUCUACUUUAAUCAGACAGAUAAUCUUUAGAAACAGCUUAAACUAUCAGCUAUUAGUAAAUUGUUGGUACAGUAGUAGAACCAGUAAGACUCCAUUUGUGAAUGAAAGCUGACGUUGCUUGUCUGUUUGCAAACGUUUUUUUUUGUAGCAACACGGAAGUGAAUCAGGUGGGAGGGACGAAGGCCACCAUCACAGCCUGAUCACACAGCCCCUACCAAGCCUGUCACGGAGAAUCGACAAUUUGGAUCCAAGAUGACGGACUCCAAGUACUUCACCACUACCAAGAAAGGGGAGAUCUUUGAGCUCAAGGCAGAGCUUAACAGUGAUAAGAAGGAGAAGAAGAAGGAGGCUGUUAAGAAGGUCAUUGCAUCUAUGACAGUUGGCAAGGAUGUCAGCGCACUGUUCCCAGAUGUUGUCAACUGCAUGCAGACAGACAACCUGGAGUUGAAAAAGCUGGUCUACCUCUACCUGAUGAACUACGCCAAGAGUCAGCCAGACAUGGCUAUCAUGGCGGUCAACACCUUUGUAAAGGACUGUGAAGACCCUAACCCUCUAAUCAGGGCUCUUGCUGUGCGCACAAUGGGCUGUAUUCGUGUGGACAAGAUCACAGAGUACCUCUGUGAGCCACUUAGGAAAUGUCUGAAGGACGAAGACCCGUACGUGAGGAAGACUGCUGCUGUGUGUGUAGCAAAGCUCCAUGAUAUCAACGCACAGUUGGUGGAGGACCAAGGCUUCCUGGACACCCUCAAAGACCUCAUCUCUGACUCCAACCCCAUGGUUGUAGCUAAUGCAGUUGCAGCGCUGUCUGAGAUAGCAGAGUCUCACCCAAACAGUAAUCUCCUGGACCUGAACCCUCAGACCAUCAACAAGCUGCUGACUGCUUUGAAUGAGUGUACAGAGUGGGGACAGAUAUUCAUUCUUGACUGUCUGGCCAAUUACACACCUCGUGAUGACCGUGAGUCCCAAAGCAUCUGCGAGCGUGUGACCCCACGCCUCUCACAUGCCAACUCUGCAGUGGUGCUGUCAGCAGUUAAGGUUUUAAUGAAGUUCAUGGAGAUGCUGCCCAAAGACUUGGACUACUACGGCACCCUGCUGAAGAAGCUUGCCCCUCCUCUGGUCACUCUCCUGUCUGCUGAGCCUGAGCUGCAAUAUGUGGCCCUUAGGAACAUCAACCUCAUUGUACAGAGACGUCCAGAGAUCCUGAAACACGAGAUGAAGGUUUUCUUUGUGAAGUACAAUGACCCAAUCUACGUCAAACUGGAGAAGCUGGACAUCAUGAUUCGUUUAGCUUCACAGGCCAACAUUGCCCAGGUCCUCGCAGAGCUAAAGGAAUACGCCACCGAAGUGGAUGUGGACUUUGUCCGUAAAGCGGUCAGAGCCAUCGGCCGCUGUGCCAUCAAAGUAGAGCAAUCAGCAGAACGGUGUGUCAGCACACUCUUGGACCUCAUCCAAACCAAGGUCAACUAUGUGGUGCAGGAGGCCAUUGUGGUCAUCAAGGACAUCUUCCGCAAGUACCCCAACAAGUAUGAGAGUGUGAUUGCUACUCUCUGUGAAAACCUGGACUCCCUGGAUGAGCCAGAGGCUCGUGCUGCCAUGAUCUGGAUUGUUGGAGAGUACGCUGAGCGCAUUGACAAUGCUGACGAGCUGCUGGAGAGCUUUUUGGAGGGUUUCCACGAUGAAAGCACUCAGGUGCAGCUGCAGCUACUGACGGCUAUUGUCAAGUUGUUCCUGAAAAAGCCGACUGAAACUCAGGAACUAGUGCAGCAGGUGUUGAGCCUCGCCACACAGGACUCUGACAACCCAGACCUCAGGGACCGCGGCUACAUCUACUGGCGUCUGCUUUCCACUGAUCCUGUGGCUGCUAAGGAGGUAGUCCUGGCUGAGAAGCCCCUGAUCUCUGAGGAGACGGACUUGAUCGAGCCCACACUGCUGGAGGAACUCAUCUGCCACAUUGGCACUCUGGCCUCUGUCUACCACAAGCCUCCCAGUGCCUUUGUGGAGGGCAGCCGUGGUGUUCAACACAAGAGACUCCCCGGCAGUGCUGGAUCUGGGGAAAGCGUUGAAAGCCCAGACCCUGGUUCUGCUGCUGGAGUGACCGAGGCACCCCCUGCUGUGAUUCCAUCCCAGGGAGACCUCUUGGGAGAUCUUCUCAACCUGGACCUGACACCUCCCACCACCACUGGACCACCACCAGCCCCUUCCUCUGGAAUGCAGUUGGGUGCUAUGGACCUUCUUGGAGGGGGACUGGACAGCCUGCUUGGUGGAGACCUUGGAGGAAGUGCUGCUAUGGGGGCUGGAUUUAGUGCUCCUCCAGCUACAAUGCCAGCCUCUUUCAAUGCCCCAGUCAGUGGUGGUCUGGAUGACCUGUUUGAUCUUGGAGGUGGAGUUGGUAUGCCCAUGGGAGCAUACAGCCCUGCUAAAUCAAUUUGGCUUCCAGCCAUGAAGGCCAAGGGACUGGAGAUAUCGGGCACAUUUGCUCGUCGUGCUGGGGUCAUUCAAAUGGAGAUGACCCUCACUAAUAAAGCUAUGAGCGUUAUGUCUGAUUUCGCCAUCCAGUUUAACAGAAACAGCUUUGGUCUCGCUCCAGCUGGUCCUCUUCAGGUUCUAACUCCUGUCAACCCAAACCAGAGCAUUGAAGUGAGCCUUCCCCUCAGUACUGUGGGGCCAGUCAUGAAGAUGGAACCUCUCACCAACCUGCAGGUGGCUGUAAAGAACAACAUUGACGUAUUCUACUUCAGCUGCCAGUACCCCAUCAGCAUGCUGUUUGUAGAGGAUGGAAAGAUGGAGCGACAGGUGUUCCUGGCCACAUGGAAAGACAUUCCUAAUGACAACGAGGCUCAGUUUCAGAUCAAAGACUGCCACCUCAACUCAGAUGCAGCCUCCAACAAACUGCAGGGCAGCAACGUCUUCACCAUCGCUAAGCGGACAGUAGAGGGUCAGGACAUGCUGUACCAAUCCACGAAACUCACCAAUGGCAUCUGGGUGCUUGCUGAGCUGCGGGUGCAGGCAGGAAACCCAAACUACACAGUCUCUCUGAAGUGCAGAGCUCCGGAGGUUUCUCAGUGUGUGUUCCAGAGCUAUGAGGCCAUGCUGAAGAACUGAAAAGAAAACAUCUUCAUGGACCCAGCUGCUGCUGCCCUCACAGACUCCUGGCACCUUCUUCUGCCCUUCCCUCACCUGACCCACCGACCAUAUUACACACUCACGCAGUGCAGGAGCCACUUCCUGCUGUGUCAGGGUCUGGAGGCUGCACUCUGUAUGUCCUCCAGCUGUUAAACUAGGAUUAAUAAUGAUUUCUGUUCCAUUUC